GUAGUUCAACGGUGUGAUAAAGCUUGAGUUGUGGACUAGAUAACUCUGCCUGGGGGGGAAGAAGCUGAAACUCACUAUGCAAAGGAUGGGAGUGCUCUUUUCAGUUGGACCGGUUCAUUUUUGCAAAUGUGUGGCAAACAGGCACUGCAGGGUUCAACUCCACCCAACUGCCUUUCUGUGUGGAGUCUGCAUGUUCUCACCGUGUCAGAUAAGUAUGAAUUUGCAGUUUGUUGUGGCUGCCUGGAUCAGUAUUAUUUUUUACACCGAUUGUCAUCUCUCACAGAUAUUCAAGCUGUCUCUCUCUGCAUUAAACAAGGUCUUUUAGGCACUUAAACUGAAACGUUGUUAUGCUUGUACGUAUCUGUAGCCAACAGCCUGCAGUGCUCUGCUCGUCCUCUGAAUGCUCUGCAGGAACUCGUGAAGAGGCUUUGCGCUCCGUGCAGAAUCCUGAACGUAGGGACGGUAAAUCAUUGUCAUUUUCCUCACAAGGUGCCGUCCGCUCCGUUUCCUUUUUUUCUAGCUUCUCGCUAUGAAUUGUGGGUAACUCCCUGAUACAAAAAGUGUUCAUCAAGGGCUCAAAAAUCUGAGGGAGAGUCCGUUGAAUAUUCAUUCCUUUUCUUCCCUUUUUCUUCCCUCAGUGAUCAGGAUCCAUUGGACUCUAAAGGAUUCCAGUGUGAACAGAUGGAUGUGUCACGAAUACUUACUUUGAUUUUUCGAAUGAGUCGGAGACAACUGGAGGAUUUGGAAUAUUCUGGAUGCCAUUUGUAAUGGAGUUGUGUACCCAAACCCCAAUUUAAGGUGAGUUAAAGAACAUCCCACUAGUCAGCAUUUUACCUUGAAUGAUAAAAUAUGUACAGUAAAUAUGUUAUUAAACUUUUACAGAAACAGAAAAAUGAAAUUAGUUAGAUGACGUGUUAGGUAUUCAGCAAUUUCAUUAAAUUGUGAAAGUAAACGCGCCUUUGAGACAAUAACGAUUCGCUGAAACUUUAAAGGGGACGUAUGGUGCUAAUUUUUAUUCAUGCCUGUACGUUGUUUUUUUAAUAGACUAUCUUAACGCGCUUUAAUGUUCACAAGAACACAUUCCUUUUCUCAUACCGUCUGAGUAUACUUGUAUUCACCCCUUGUCUGAGCCGCCUUUCUCUCUAGCCCCGUUUACUAAGCAGCCAAUUGUGGUCGAUGGUUUUAGAGGAAAGAUAUGGUCCCCUUUGUAGUGCUCUUAAAGUUCUUAAGGUGCGGGUGAAGGUACUCAGGUGGGGGAGGCGAGGUCUUUCUAUGAAAGGAGACAAAUGAUGCUCGUGUAGGACUCAUACUCGUAUUUAGGGUUUCCAUGUUAUUAUACUUAAUUUUUCGUGUGUUGUCUGUGUGAAUAUUCAUCUUCUGUCUGAAACGUUCUGUUUUAGCGCCUUUUUCAUUAAGGAGCCUCCCUUACAAACCACCCGAUCUUCGUGGGAGUUUAUUGGCCAGGUUGAGAAAACAGCCAGUUUCAAAAUGAUGAUCCUGAAGUAUUCCCCUUUUAGUAAGCUAAACAAAAACAUUAUAAUAAAAUUAAGAACAACUUUUAAGAUUUAUUUAAUUAUUUAUGCCUACUUGGGGGCGGUGGAACAUUUUGAAGUCAUAACAUUUCACAUUCUGCUAUAAAAUUGGCAUGUGUUAAGUCAUUUUUAGCAAAUAUCGAGGUACAUCAGCAUUUGGAGUUCUGUUUCUGGCCCCCCAAAGAUUAUACGUCCAGUAUUCACACUCCUCGUAGCUCAUUGACCCCUAAAAUGAUCUGCCAUUGUUGCUGACAUUGUGUUCUGCUCGCUGCCAGACAAGUUGUGUGCAAUGCAUUUAUCAGCCUGUUUGUUGAAGCCCUUUGAAAGAAUGAUCAAUUGCUCCAUAAAGAUCAAGAAAAGUACAUGUAUCAUGUAACAUAAGAGACUCAUGUAAAGCCUUGUAUCUCUUAAUCUCCAAUAGACGCGAUACUGUAACUGCAGUCCAGUUCUUCCUCCACCAUGGCCAUCUUGGGUGCUGGCUUUGAUGAUCACUCCUUAAGUGCCGACGACAGUUACGACCACCUCUUCACGGACACAGGGGACACCGUGGUCAAAGGCUUGUACUUCCAGCGCGCUCGGCUGCUCUGUGGGCCGGCGGCGACGUGGCGAUGCCUCAACCCCUCUCAGCAGGCCGUCGUCAACGUGGGGGGAAUUCGGUACGCCUUCCCCUGGACCACCCUGGAGGAGUUCCCCGAGAGCCGCCUGAGCCGCCUGCGCCUCUGCACCACCCUGAGGGAGAUAGCUGAGUUCUGCGAUGACUACGACGAGAUGCAAAACGAGUUCUUCUUCGACCGCGACCCGUUGGCCUUCCGGGCCAUCCUUAAUUUUCUAGCCAAAGGGAAGUUACGUAUUAUGCAGGAGGUGUGCAACGUGGCCCUGCACUGCGAGCUGCUGUACUGGGGCAUCGACGUGGAGCAGAUGGAGCCAUGCUGCGGCCACCGAGUGAUUUACGCUGUGGAGGAAGUGGCGGCGCACCAACGCAAGGAGGAGGAGUGGCGUGAGAGGAGGAGGGCGUUGAGGACGCCGCUGGCGGGCCGCGGCUUUUUCCACAUGUUUGGAGAAGCAGUGGAGAACCCUCACUCGGGUUGUGCGGGGAAAGUGCUGGCGUUCCUGUCCAUCAUCAUGGUGGUGGUCACCGUGUGCACGCUGUGGAUGGGCACCAUGUCGGACCAACAACAGGAGGAGGCCAUGGGUAAGUGCUCCCAAAAGUGCCGCAACUUGUUCAUGGUGGAGUCGGUUUGUGUUGCUUGGUUCUCCUUGGAGUUCCUGGUGCGAUUUUUACACGCCGAGAGCAAGCUGGAGUUUGUCCAGGGCCCCCUGAACAUCAUCGAUGCCGUCGCCAUCUUACCCUACUACGUCUCACUGGUGUUGGACCUCAGAGAUGAGUCCGUCGAGGACAUCGUGGCCGGCGGGGGGAAGAGCAGCCUGGAUAAACUGGGUCUGAUCCUGCGCGUGAUGAGGGCUCUGCGCGUCCUCUACGUGAUCAGACUGGCCCGCCACUCACUGGGCCUGAAGACGUUGGGGCUGACAAUCCAGCGUAGCGGGGCCGACUUCGGCCUGCUGCUGCUCUUCGUGUGCGUCGCCGUGGCCCUCUUCUCUCCUCUGGUGCAUCUGGCUGAGAGCGAGCUGGCCCCCAACGCAGCCAGGUUGCCCCAGCUCAGCUUCAGCAGCAUCCCAGCGUCGUACUGGUGGUCCAUCAUCUCGGUGACCACGGUGGGCUAUGGCGACAUGGUGCCCCGCAGCAUCCCCGGCCAAAUGGUGGCGCUGGUCAGCAUCUUGUCGGGGAUCCUCAUCCUGUCUUUCCCCUCCACGUCCAUCUUCCACACGUUCAACCGCACCUACAACGAGCUCAAGGAGGAGCACAAGAGGCUGUGGAAGGAGGAAAGGGGGGCAGAGCUCGCCAGCGUGGCCGAGGAAAGCAUGAAGGAAAGAGAAUCUUUUUCGGACAACUGGCCUGAAACGGAUUCGUUACCGGUUCUAGAUGAUCCUUUUUACCUUUUCCUGGACGAUAUUAAGGUGCUGGCUCGGAGCAAGUCUCCAGCGACUUGUUGAGUCCAAAGAAAUAUGCUAAAUUAGUCUGGUGGCUGAUGGGUGGCAGCAAAUUCUCCCAGAUAUGCUUCAACAGAGUAGAGUCUUCCCACGAGAGGGAGGUCUUUUAUGGUUGGAUGGUAUUGAUAAUUUAACUUUAAUAUUGUAAACUGGCUGUAAAUGGCCCAUGACAUCAUAAUUUUCAGGUUCACACUGUAUUUGCAUCUCUACUAGAACAUGUUUACAUUAUUAAAUGUUCCCCCUUUGUUUGAGACGCUUCAUCUCUUUAGGAACCACUCUGAUUGGUCAGCGGUUCUUUGCUUCUUUUGCUUCUUUGCUGAGGCAGUUUUUAUGGAGCACCUAACCUGCCUUGCUUGACUGUGUUUGUAAGUAGAGGCUGGUUGACCACAGCGAUAACUCCGUCAUCGCUAGCCAGCUGCGACAGACAAAGACUGCGUGGGGACACACAACCAGGACAUGGAUGAAAACAGGGAACACUUUUGACAAAAACAUUUAAUCCAAAAUGAUUCAUUGUGUGAAGUUUUGUGGGGCUUU